UCCGUUUGUGAAAAGAGCUGAGCAGAGCUGAAGGCUGCAUGGUGUUUUUAAAAACUGCUUCCUUAAUUUGAGAAAAGAACAAUGGUAGGAAAGGCUAGAUCUUCCAAUUUUACCUUAUCUGAAAAGCUUGAUUUGCUAAAACUUGUCAAGCCAUAUGUGAAAAUCCUCGAAGAACACACUAAUAAGCAUUCAGUAAUAGUGGAAAAGAAUAGAUGUUGGGAUAUCAUAGCAGUUAACUAUAAUGCAAUUGGAGUAGACCGCCCUCCUCGAACAGCGCAGGGCCUACGCACCCUUUACAAAAGGCUCAAAGAAUAUGCCAAACAGGAGCUAUUGCAGCAGAAAGAUACCCAAUCAGAUUUAAAAAGCAGUAUUUCUGAGCCAACCAAGAAAGUUAUGGAGAUGAUUCCCCAGAUUUCCAGUUUUUGCCUGGUAAGAGACAGGAACCACAUACAAAGUUUAUUCAUCGCCUGAAGACCUACCAGUGUCUAAGGGACAAGAAGUGGAACCUGGGAGCGCGGUUAAAUAUUUCACUGUUGUUUGGUGUAAGGCGUCAAAGAAAAAGCACAAAACGUGGGAAGGGGAUGCUGUUCUUAUUGUCAACGGAAAAUCUCUUACAUUAAAGGACCUGGAAGGCAAAGACAUUGGAAGAGGCACUGGAUAUAAAUUCAAAGAGCUUGAAAAGAUCGAAGAGGGCUAUACAAUGAUGAUUGGCGGAAAAGAAAUAGAAAUCAUGGGUUCGAUCUCCCCAGAUGAUUUCAGCAGUGGCAGAUGCUUUCAGCUUGGAGGAGGAGGUCCUGCUAUAUCAAGUUCUUCUCAAGCUGCCAAGAAGUGUUUUUCUAACCCCUUAAAAAGUGUCUAUAAACCAAGUUCAAAGGAAAAUAGGCAGAAUAGUUUCCAAAAUUGCAAACCACGCCAUGAUCCAUGUGCACCAAAUUCCCUUGUUAUGCCCCGACCAGACAAAAAUCAUCAGUGGAUGUUCAAUAAAAACUGUUUCCCUGUUGUGGAUGUUGUGAUAGAUCCUCACCUUGCAUAUUAUCUUCGGCCACAUCAGAAAGAAGGACUCAUAUUCCUUUAUGAAUGUGUGAUGGGAAUGAGAGUGAAUGGCAGAUGUGGAGCUAUUCUUGCUGAUGAAAUGGGUUUAGGGAAAACAUUGCAAUGUAUUUCACUCCUCUGGACUCUACAGUGUCAGGGACCUUAUGGAGGCAAGCCGAUAAUAAAGAAGACACUUAUUGUCACACCUGGAAGUUUGGUGAAUAAUUGGAGGAGAGAAUUUCAAAAAUGGUUAGGAAGUGAAAGGAUCAAGAUAUUUACUGUUGAUCAGGACCACAAAGUAGAAGAAUUCAUCAAAUCUCCAUUAUAUUCUGUUCUGAUUAUCAGUUAUGAAAUGUUACUUCGUUCCCUGGAUCAAAUUAAGAAUAUAAAAUUUGAUCUCCUCAUCUGUGAUGAAGGGCAUCGUUUGAAGAACAGUGCCAUUAAGACAACCACAGCCCUCAUUAGCCUCGCUUGUGAGAAAAGAAUAAUUCUAACUGGUACUCCAGUUCAGAAUGAUCUGCAAGAAUUUUUUGCAUUAAUUGAUUUUGUAAAUCCAGGAAUAUUGGGCUCUUUGUCAUCUUUUAGAAAAAUAUAUGAAGAACCCAUCAUUGUAUCAAGACAACCUUCUGCUUCUAAGGAAGACAAGGAGUUAGGAGAGAGGAGAGCAGCUGAACUAGUUUGCUUCACUGGACUCUUUUUUCUUAGAAGAACCCAAGAGGUCAUAAAUAAAUAUCUUCCACCGAAAAUAGAGAAUGUAGUCUUUUGCCGUCCAGGGGCACUACAGCUUGAACUUUAUCAAAAGCUGUUGAAUUCUCAGGCUGUGAGGUUCUGUCUUCAAGGGUCGUUGGAAAACAGUCCUCAUCUGAUAUGCAUAGGAGCUCUUAAGAAACUGUGCAAUCAUCCCUGCCUUUUGUUCAAUUCCAUAAAGGAAAAAGAAUGUAGCUCAACUUGGGAUGAACAUGAAGAGAGCAGUUUAUAUGAAGGCUUGCUAAAUGUGUUCCCUGCGGAUUAUAACCCUCUCAUGUUUACUGAGAAGGAGUCAGGAAAACUUCAAGUGCUGACAAAGCUCCUAGCUGUUAUCCACGAACUUCGUCCUACUGAUAGGGUGGUAUUGGUAUCCAACUACACACAAACUUUGAAUAUUUUACAAGAAGUAUGUAAGCGUCAUGGAUAUGCUUGUACAAGACUUGAUGGACAAACACCAGUCUCUCAAAGGCAGCAAAUUGUUGAUGGCUUCAAUAGUAAAUACUCUUCUGAUUUCAUUUUUUUAUUAAGUUCAAAAGCUGGUGGCGUGGGACUUAACCUUAUUGGAGGAUCUCACUUAAUUCUCUAUGACAUUGAUUGGAAUCCAGCCACUGAUAUCCAGGCAAUGUCUAGAGUGUGGAGAGAUGGUCAGAAACAUCCCGUACAUAUUUACAGACUCCUAACCACAGGUACAAUAGAAGAAAAGAUCUAUCAAAGGCAGAUCAGUAAGCAAGGUCUUUCUGGGGCGGUUGUGGACCUGGCCAAGACAUCUGAGCAUAUCCAGUUUUCAGUAGAGGAGCUUAAAAAUCUGUUCACGUUACACGAGAGUUCACACUGUGUGACUCACGACCUGCUUGACUGUGACUGUGCAGGAAAGCGAGAGCAUACAGGUGAUUCAUUGGAAAAAUUCCCUGUCUCUAGAAAUUGUCAACUUGGCCCACAUCACAAGAAGUCUGACUCCCUGAAACCUCUCUCCAUGUCACAGCUGAAGCAAUGGAAACAUUUUUCUGGAGAUCAGUUAAAUCUUAAAGAUCCCUUUCUUGACAGGAUAAGAGAAAAUGUGUCAUUCUUUUUUCAGAAUAUAACCAAUCAAAAUACUGCUGCUCUGUAAUGAAAGGUUACUUCAUGACGUUCCCUUGCCCCCCCUUUAAAAAAUAACAGUAAUUAAAUGUAAGUUUUGAAAAUGAUU